AUGGAUCAUUUCCAGGGCAAGACGGGUAACGAGCGGAGGGCUUCCGUUCGAAUGUCUGCCAGAACCUCGCUCACGGCCGACGAUGAUGACGACUACGCCUUGGCAGCCAUGGGUAUCUCAGAUGGCUUCCGUCCGGACCACCUCUCCGCUGCCCAUCAACCCAUCACCUCGACCACAAACCCUUCGACUGGCUCGGCGGUUGUGUCACGAGAUUUCCCCGGCACUCAGCGAGUCACACCUGCCCGACCUUCGAGCAUCGCGAAACCCCCGCGCUCCCACGAUCCUCUGGCUCUUCGUCACGAUGGCUCCGCCUCUCAACCAAACGGCGCCCCCAUCUCCCGUGUUUCCAGCACUUCGACCGAUUCCCCCAUUAUUCGAUCCGAGAGUCCCUACGAAGGGCCAUCCGGUCCCUCCCAUCCGUACCAAAUGUACCCGCAACGGACAAACAGUGUGGCAACAUCGACCACUGCCCGCAUGUCUGAACGCUCAUACGCAGGACCCCGCGGGCCGACGCACCCCUACACUCUCUACACGCAGAACACCGUGCCUGUUGAUACGAAUGAGGGCGACAAUAUUCCCGUGGGCUUCUCAGGGCGUUCUGACGGCUACCAUCGACGAAUCGGUCCUGAAGGAGAAGAAAUUGCCGACUUGAUCGGCCCUUUGGGACACACGGAAGAGCUCCCACCAUACACCAGGUAUCCUGAGCAGGCGUACGCAAGGAAACAACCAGGCGAGCCACAAUCGGUACCAGGGCAGCAGUCACCACAACCCGAGCAGCAUCAACGCCACCAGUCGUCGCCGCCGCCGCCGCCGCCGCCGCAGCAGCAGCAGCAACAGCAACAACAAUCACAGCAGCAUCCAAUUCCUGUCACGAAUGCCUCGGUUGCACCCAUUCCCGGCGCCGGUGGCCUAGGGCUUGCUACUCGCAACCCAGAAUUCGAGUCACGAGAGGACCUUCGCCUGCAGCCGUCCCGGAUGUCAUCUCGGACACUGACCUCUGAUACCGCUAGCCAUCACGAAAUCAACACUGCCGCCAAGGUUUAUGCUGAGAAGGGUGAAGCCAAUUCCGACCGCAAGUGGCAAAAAAGAGCAAAGAUGCGAUUGUUUGGUGUGAUCCCCUACUGGGCUAUUUGCUUACUGGCAGUCGGAUUGGUGAUGAUGGGCAUCAUCUUGGGUGCUGUCAUUGGCACUUUCUUCGCCAAGCACAGGAGACCACCUGGGAGACACCAAGAUGAAGAGCCCAUCCCCCUUGUUAUCCCGACGGCAACAGUGGAUAUCAGACCCCUAGCUACACUACCGCCAGACCUUCCACCGAUGGAUAUUGGCAUAUUCGGUCUGCCGCCCCUUAUUGCGAGCCAAGCACCAAACACCUGUUUCAAUGACACCACACAAUCGCAAGCCUGGACCUGCAAUAUUCCCUUUACUAGCUACGUCAUGGGCGUUUCCCGGAUCGCCAACGAACUACCCAUAUCCGACUACACCUUGAAACUUACCACUUUCAACGACAGCGACCCCUAUGACGACUCGCGAGUCAACAUGUUCUCAUGGGGCACUCAGCCACCUUUGAUCAUAGAUCCGCUGAAGAUGCGGCUGGUGAAUGAUACCUCCGAACCAAGCCGGGGCGCCGCUUGGUUUGCUCAGAUGACGUACAACAAGACAGUUAUCGUGGCGGAGGAUAGGUUUCCUGGCGUCAGCACACCGAAGAAGCAGCAGCCACAAUCCAAGCGAGGGUGGGGUGGCUCGUCGCCCCAACUGGGAGAUUACAGCAGAAAAGGCGUGAAAGGAGCACAGGCAGGCGACAGGCCAUGGAUCUGUACGUGGCCUGGCACCCUUCUUGAAGUAUUUGUCUAUCCGGCGCAGAACAACAGCUAUCAUAAGCCGACCUCGACCACGCGCGCCACCCCGUCUGCAACCUUUCCACCAACAACCUCGACACAGUUCUUGGUCCGUCAUGGCUUACAGACUGGGGCGCCUCAAUCAACCUCGAUUCCCAAUGAUCGGCCUCCAUGGAUACCACCGCCACCAUACUCUCAGGUAAUCAAGUUUGAAGAGCGUCGCGUAUCACUUGAUGGGACAAAAAAUGCCGUUUGUCGACAAGUCGAAGUCUGCGAGGACGGCGUGACCACUGUCCCUGUUCUGACGGACGAGGGCCAGCCGAUUGAAGUCACAAUCAUAGAAAACCGGCAAACUGUGGCGAUUGCCGACUCAACAAAGCGUUGGAUCCAUGAAGACAGUCUUAUGGUGUCUCCCCGAGACCGGCCGGCCAGGACUAGUCAGUUGAGCGAUUGCGGGUGCAUAUGGUGGUUUACCUAG